AUGCGAGACCAACAGCAACGGCCGCCACAUUCUGAGGCGACCGGUCGCCCCAAACCCAACCACAAGGUGUUCGGGAUAGGUAUGCCAGACACGGACAUGGAAUCGGCUGAUUUGCAUGGUAUUCACGGUAAUACCUUUGACACUGACGACCUUGACACUGACGGCGUCCGUCAACCUCACUUGGCUUCUACGAAAGCCGUUAUGGGAGAAGUAUUUGCUGCGCAGCGGAUUCGCAUGUCUGCGAUCGCCGAUCUAAAGGAGUUAUCAUGCCGCGAUCACGAUGAUGACCGAGCUCAAAGCUGA